AUGGAGGAGGCGCAGAGGCGCGCCUUGCGGCGCGGCCGGGUGCGGCUGGUGGAGGGGCUGCGGCCCGAGGUGCUUUGGGGGCCGCUGCAGGCCCGAGGGGUUUUCACCAGCGCUAUGGUGGAGGAUAUGCAGAGUGCUGGCACCCGAAGGGAACAAGCACGACAGCUGGUCAUAGACCUGGAGACCCGUGGGAAGCAGGCCUUCCCAAUAUUCCUCUCCAUCCUGAGGGACACCGGGCACGAUAACCUGGCUGACAUGCUGGAGGAGGGGUGUGGAAGCCCCAUCUCCCCACCUGUGGACCUGAGGCCUGUGCAGCUGGAGCUGCCUGGAGAAAGGCGUGACAAAAGUAAGUAGUGGGAAGGUGGUUCUUUGCAUGGUGAAGUGCAGGAUGGGGUGUAGCAGCUGGAUUCCUUCUUGGUGUAGAAAGUAGGCUGGGAAGUCCUGGUUUUGUUAUCCUCUGGCACAGGUUGUAGUGGCGACUGCAUGAGUUUGUGGGAGAAUGAUGUGCUUUCUGGUAGCAGAAGUGUUGAAGCCCCAGCUGUGCUCUAGCAGCUUCCUUCUGCUUUUCACAUGCAGCCUUUGUACUACUGCGCUGAAAACGGGCUUCACUGUGUCUUUGCUACUCCUGUUUU